AUGGCUGGAAGGCAACGACUAGAUGAAAAGCGAAUACUGGAGGUUUUGGAGGACCUUCCCUCAGAUUAUGACACAGACACAGAAGUAGAAGAGGAUGAAGACGGAGAAUUUGUAGAUGACCCUGACCAACCCAGGUCCAUCUGUCUAACAUCUGAGCCAUAUGCUACAGCUGAUAGUGAAAGUGAUGCAGCCCAAUGCAAAGGAGGUGUGGCCACAAACCAGGAACACCCUGAUCAGGAAGGAUUGUCUACAAGCACAAAUGGUCAAGAACUCCCAACUUUCAGUGAAGAGGAGCUUCCUUCUACUAGUACCCAACGCUAUCAAGCAAGAAGACGGUGGAGAAAGAAAUCAGAAGCAGCUCAAAAUGUACAAUUUCAACCAUAUUCAAAGAAUGAGAGUGUUUAUUCCUCUGCCCUUCAUGCCUUUCUAAAAUUUUUUGAUGAAGAAAUUAUCAGUUCAGUUGUUUACCAGUCAAACCUUUACAGUGUUCAAAAGGGCAAAGCAAUAACUUUGACAGAAGAUGAGCUCCAUGUUUUUUUUGGAAUCAACAUAAUGAUGAGCUACCACAAACUGCCAUCUCUGCGAAAUUUUUGGGCCACAGGAGAGGACCUGGGAGUUAGACCUAUUCAAGAAGCAAUGUCACGUGACAGAUUUUGCAAAAUUCUUAGUAACCUACACCUGAAUGACAACCAAAAGAUGGACCCCAAGAAAAAGGACAAACUUUACAAACUAAGACCACUGGUUGAAAGCCUGAAUAAAAAAAAUUGA